AUGUUGUUCCCGCUGCUCUCUAUAAUUUCUCCAUUCCUCUUUCUCCUUGCCAUCACGCCGACCAUUGUGGCGACCAUUGCGCCGUCGCGUCUCCACGGCCACCUGUUUAACCAUGCCAUUUACCAGUUCUCACCCGAGUCCAUUGUGAGCGACGCUUGCGUUUCCUACCAGACCCUCGAAAGCCUCAACGAAAAGGUGAAACCCGUCGUCGACGAGCUCACCAGAGAGUCCGACUUCUUCUCAUAUUACCGAUUGAACCUAUUUAACAAGAUAUGUCCGUUCUGGAACGACGAAAAUGGCAUGUGUGGCAAUAUCGCAUGCGCCGUCAACACGAUAGACAAUGAGGAAGACAUACCCAAAAUAUGGAGGGCGAGCGAGUUAGGAAAGCUACAGGGCCCAUCCGCAAAACAUCCAGGAAAGAAGGUACAGAAGGAGAAGCCACGGCGACCUUUACAAGGAUUGUUGGGAGAAAAUGUUGGCGAAAGUUGCAUAGUGGAGUAUGACGACGAGUGUGACGAGCGAGAUUAUUGCGUGCCGGAGGACGAGACCACGAGCUCUAAGGGCGACUACGUGAGCUUGGUCCUCAACCCGGAGCGAUUCACUGGCUUCGCUGGCCAGGGCGCCAAGAUGGUAUGGGAUGCGAUAUACAGGGAGAACUGUUUCCAAAAGUCAUCAUUCCCGCAGUCGGCCUCCUUGGGCAUGUCCUCGCUACUCCAGGGCCCAGCCGCCCAAGAUUUUCGCAACGUUCUUCAAUCGGCAGAACGACAACAGAUUAUUGAGCAACACCAAGACCCUAGUACAUCUUUUGCACAGACUGGCCUGGAGAACGAGGACGAAUGCCUUGAAAAGCGCGUUUUCUACCGUGUUAUAUCCGGCAUGCAUUCCAGCAUCAGCACUCACCUUUGCUGGGACUUUCUCAACCAAACCACAGGCGAAUGGCAGCCAAACCUGAAGUGUUACACCGAUAGGUUGCUUACUCAUCCUGAACGCAUCUCGAACCUAUACUUCAACUACGCCCUACUCACUCGGGCCGUGGCGAAGCUGGGCCCUUAUCUGCAAGGUUAUACAUUUUGUAUGGGCGAGCCGGAUCAAGAUGCUGCCACGAAAGCCAAGGUUCUUGAAGUCACGGAGGCAGCGUCAUCUGUUCCCCAGAUAUUCGACGAAAGUCUGAUGUUCAAGAAUGGUGAAGGCCCUUCUCUGAAAGAAGAUUUCCGAAAUCGCUUCCGAAACGUGAGCCGCAUAAUGGACUGUGUCGGCUGCGACAAGUGCCGGCUUUGGGGUAAAUUGCAAACUUCGGGCUACGGCACGGCGUUGAAAGUUCUUUUUGAAACAGACAACGAUAGCGGUGAGGUUCCCGAACUCAAGCGAACAGAGCUGGUCGCUCUAUUCAACACAUACUCGCGACUCAGCAGCUCAGUAAGAGCGCACCACCAAUUUCGAGCAAUGGCCCAGGCUGCGAAGGCCGGGGAACCGAUAGAAGUAACACCGAUCCCAGAUCGCGCAAAGAAACCACAUGCCGUCAAACACUCACCAGAGCCACAGACGAACCCUGAACCUAUCAAGUCAGAACCCAGUACGGCUAAUGAAGAACUCGUGUUGGAUCCCGAGUCUGAUUUUGAUAUUGAUGACUUUGACGAAGCGGAUAUAUCAACUGGAAAGGAAACAGGAAAUGCGAAAGAGCACUUUUGGCAAGAGUUGAAGGCGGUCAUGAAGGCCACCAAAAUAGUCGUAAAGUUAUGGCUUGGGUUCCCCAAACUACUCCUCAAGAUCAUGCUCUUCGAACUCAACCGUUUCUGGGAGUUCUACAUUGGACUUCCGGUGACGCCGCGAACUUGGCAUCUAGAACGUCCAAGCUUCGAUGAGCUAUAG